CGCAAUCAAAUGGCUAAGUUAUCGCUCAUUGUACAUGACCAAAUGCCUGGAAACUUGCCGAAACAACAAGAAUCGAGCUCACAGAAUUCAAUUGGUUUAUACAUGCGCCACAAAAACGAUAUUGGACCUUGGAUAUUGUAGUUACAAUCAAACAGUGCGUCACCUCAUAUGCGUUCAAAAACGAAAGAAUGGCUUUUAAAGGAGAUAUCCAACAGUAAAAUUCAAACGAAUUUUCCAAAACCCAAUGGAUUUGAUAUUGAUUCGUGUUACGUAAACUACGAUGAUGACUUGGCCAUCCACAAAGACAAAUUAAAAGAGUUACGCACCUGCAUAAAAAAAGCUUUAACGACUAAAAAGCUAAUCGGAGGACCUAUAAUUCUCUUGAUUGGACCUACGGGCUCUGGUAAGACUAUUGCUGUUGAAGUUCUUGCCCGUUCCGUCUUUGAUAAAGUCAACGUUGUACAGUUUCUGGAUGAAGGGAUUGGUCACGAUGAAUAUACAGAAAUUGAGAAGUUUGUUCUAUCUUCUGGAGUUUAUGGUGGACAGUCAGUCAUGUCUUCUGAGUCUGAAGAGUCACUGGAAUGCGCCUCUCAAAUCACAGUUAUGAUCCUAGAAAAUCUUCCUGCCGUUGUUAGUGAGCAUCCUUCUCGCUUUCAUAAUCUUCUUCGUCUUCACAGUACUCGUGCGUGUGCAAACUGCUUAUUAGUUCUCAUUUUGUCCUCUUCUACGUUCACUGAAAACGAUUUAUGUGAAAGGAUUAUUUGUCCUCCUACCUUAUGCAGCGAAUUACUUAUACAGCGCAUAGAAUUCAAUCCCAUCGCACCAACUCUCAUAAUCAAAGCGUUAAGUAGAAUUGGGAAUAUUAUGGCUAAACAGUUUGGUUUAAAACUACCGUCUCGUCAAUUACUGCAAUCUAUAGCGAAUGACUGUUCUGGGGAUAUUCGAUCUGCUGUUAAUCAGCUUCAUUUUCAGCUUUCUUCAGAUAGAGGGAAUUGGAAUAAUUAUACACUGCCAUAUUCUCAUCGAGAUGGAGUUUUAUCACUAUUUCGUACUAUAGGUAAAAUUCUCUAUUGUAAAAGAAAGCCAGUAAGCAAUGAACAAAUUGCAUCAAGCUUGAAUAAAAAGGAAGGUGAAUUACCAUCACAUUUAGUAACGUGGAGGCGACCUCCACUUGACUUUGAUCUUGAGGAGAUACUGGAUUUAUGUCAUACAGACGGUGGACACAUUGUCUCAUGGCUUCAUGAAAACUAUCCUGACUUUUCCCCGAAUAUGACUGCAUUGGAACUAGUUUCACAACAGUUUAGUUGUGCUGAUGCAUUUCUAACUGGUGGAAUGAAUUGGCAACUUGGUUUAACACCAGCUUCAGAUUCUUUUGUUUCGCGAAAAUUUAAGCGACCAUAUAACGUUGCAAGUAAAUACUAUCCAGCUUUGACUACAGCACGAACAAUUCUUCUAGCAGAUGGAGUUGAAGAUGUAUCAGGUAGUGAUUUUUCUAGAAAUAUCAAAGCAUUUCGUUCUUUCCGUCCACCUUCGACUUUAAAUAGCUGGAAAUUAUGCAAGCAGAAGCUUGAUACAUUAGAUGACAUUUUCUUAACUUCUAAUUCGUUAUCACCGAUUUGGCUGGUUGAACAUAUGAUUACAAGUCGUAUUGAUAUGGUUUUGGAUUAUUUACCUAUCAUGUGGAAAGUCCUUGGAGAAGAAUGGUUUUCUCAAUUCAGUAAGCUUGUUUUAACUUCUGUCACUUUACUUGCUAUCCGGAUAACGUUUUUUGGAUGUAUACCACUUUAUCAUUAUGAAGUUUGUCAAAUUAUGUGCAACUCAGCAUAUUCCAAGACCACCAUAUAACUAGACUCCAGAUCCUUCUGGUUUUUGUUCGCUGAUGCAUUAUGGUUCUGUUAUCCCUGAAGUCAGAUAAAAAUUAUCGCCACUGUUAUUAUUAUAUGUGCUUUUCUCUGUAUUUCGGUAUUUCUUCAAUUGAUCAUAAUCUACUGUCAUGCAUCCCGACUACCCUCCCCUUCCUUCACCAUUUUAUGUGUUUUCUAAUGUUGACCAGCCUACUAUAUAAAAGCCACUUGACUAUGAGAGUAUCUGUGAUGGUACUGUAUAGAUCUAACUAUCUAGUUUUCAAUUCACUUGCUAUACUGUUAUUGUGGGCAAUUUUCAAUAAAGCUGUAUAUAACUGCUUUUUCCCUUCCUAUUCAGAUCUAUGGGCGUUUACAUUUAUUUUGCUAGAGAUCAGCUCAUAAAGAUGCGUUAUGUAUUACCUAUUACACUAUGAUAGAUUUAUUGCGUUCAAAACCCCCCAAAUCUUUUUAUCAGUUGACAACUUCAGUGUUGUAUUUGAAUCUUUUAAAACUAAUCAUCAUUGUGAAAUUUUUUUGCCCCCAAAUAUCCUGGUACGGCCGAGAGUGGGGAG